AUGUUCAAAUUUGGCUCAUUAGAUGAUACUCAGCGACCCAAGCUCCCCGAACUGAUCAAAAUAGACGACAUCACUUCAGGCAGAAUCGAUCCUCAACUCAUAUACAACGAAAUAGAACGCUUGAAAGCAGAGAUAAACAUCUUAAGACACGACAUGUCACAGUUCCUACUGGCGCUAGCCACGAUACCCGAGUCCAACUCACCGCUAGAUUACUAUCGCACAACAAUGACGAAGUUGGAGACGGUUCAACAAAGUAUACAGGAAUAUUGCGAGCGAUAUAAUAAGCUAUUACCGAUUAUAAAUUUGGCCCAGAUCAAAUUGGGUCAUGAGGUCGAGGCUCCGCCUGUUAAAAGGGCGAAAGUUGACAACAAGCCACUGCAGAAUAGCAAGGUUACAUCAACGCCGGAGAUUAAUGGUGGACAGAAAGCACAGAAUUCAAAACUCAAUCUGGCUGCUGUCUUGUAG